AUGAAGGAGAAGCGUGGGCUCGAGGACGCCGGCGGCGCCGGCGCCGGCGACGGGUGCCCUGAUGCCAAGAGGGCGCGGCCUCCGGCUCUGGCCAGUGUUAUUGUUGAAGCGUUAAAGAUGGAUGGUCUGCAGAGGCUCUGCUCAUCAUUGGAACCAAUUCUUCGUAGAGUAGUCAGUGAAGAAGUGGAGCGCGCACUGGGGAGACUUGGCCCUGCAGCAAUCGGUGGAAGGUCUUCCCCAAAGCGAAUUGAAGGUCCAGAUGGCAGAACUCUGCAACUCCAAUUCCGGACAAGGCUGUCACUUGCCCUUUUUACUGGAGGAAAAGUUGAAGGGGAGCAGGGAGCUGCAAUUCAUGUUGUUUUGUUUGAUGCUGGCACUGGCUGUGUUGUAUCCUCUGGACCAGAGUCGUCUGCCAAACUUGACAUUGUUGUUCUAGAAGGUGAUUUCAACAAUGAAGAUGAGGAGGGCUGGACAGGGGAAGAGUUUGACAGUCACGUUGUGAAGGAGCGCGAGGGAAAGCGGCCUAUUUUAACUGGUGAUCUACAAGUCACACUAAAAGAAGGUGUAGGGACAAUUGGGGAGCUUACGUUCACAGAUAACUCUAGCUGGAUAAGGAGUAGGAAAUUCAGGCUUGGGUUGAAGAUUGCCUCAGGAUUUUGUGAGGGUGUUCGCAUUCGUGAGGCAAAAACAGAAGCCUUUAUGGUUAAGGACCAUAGAGGAGAAUUGUACAAGAAGCACUAUCCACCUACACUGAAAGAUGAGGUCUGGAGGUUGGAAAAAAUAGGGAAGGAUGGGUCAUUCCAUAAGAGGCUGAACAAAUCUGGAAUAUCUACAGUUGAGGAUUUCCUUAGGCUCGUGGUUCGGGACCCACAGAAAUUACGCAGUAUACUUGGAAGUGGUAUGUCCAACAAAAUGUGGGAAACCCUUGUGGAACAUGCAAAGACUUGUGUCUUAAGUGGAAAAUAUUACAUAUACUAUUCUGAUGAGGGCAGAAGUAUUGGUGCUAUUUUCAACAACAUCUAUGCAUUCUGUGGGUUGAUUUCUGGCGAGCAGUUCUAUUCAUCUGAGAGUCUUGAUGAUAGCCAAAAGCUGUUUGCUGAUGCAUUGGUAAAGAAAGCAUAUGAUAACUGGAUGUAUGUCAUUGAAUAUGAUGGCAAAGGUCUUUUGAACCCUAAACCAAAGAAAAAGACUGCAUCCACUGGUCAAGCUGAGACACAUGCUCCUGCGGGUGGUCCGACUUCAUAUCAACAACACCUCUCCUCGAUGAGCACGUCAGGGCCAUCACCAUCAGGUGGAACUGAUUCUGUAGGGUAUGGUGUCGACCAAUCAGCAACACAUCCAUCUCAACUCCAGAGUUCAUCCGCCAAUGUCCAGUCUGCCAUUGUCCAGCCACCAUAUGAUGACACAUUUUCGUUCUUACCACCUAACAUGCUGACAGGGUCUGCAAAUGAUGCCAUGGGUCUGGAACUGGGCCAGUUGCAGCAAGUAAUUUCUCAGGGCCAGGCAAUUCAGCCAGCAAACGUGGGAUAUGGUGAUUGGCCCAGAAACCGUGACAGUCAGUAUGCUGAUGACUUCACUGAAGACAUUCGCGUGAAGAGUCACCAGAUGCUUGAGAGCGAGGACAUGCAGCAGCUGCUGAGGGUCUUCAGUAUGGGUGGAGCUUCUGGCAGUUUGCCAGAUGACACGUUCAACUUCCAGUCCUACAUGCCCUCUCCCUUACCGAACCUCGGGUUCGAAACUGAGCGUAGCCAUUCAUCUGGCAAAGCUGUUGUUGGCUGGCUCAAGAUCAAGGCGGCAAUGAGGUGGGGAAUUUUCGUCAGGAAGAAAGCUGCCGAGAGAAGGGUGCAGCUGGUCGAGCUGGAGGAUUAA